AGCAGGAGCGGCGGCGCGUCUUCAGCUGUGGAGCAGGAGGAGGAGGAGGAGCGGGUGCACCGCGGCGUCAGGACCGGGCUCUCGGCGUUCAUUUCGUGGGUGUCCCUCGGCGCACGGACCGGUACCGCGGCGCUAGAACAUCCCGCUCUGCCGCCGCGGAUACGUCGCCCGGCCGGUGAUUUAAACGACGCCGCGAAGGAGCGCUGCGGCGCGGACGGAUUCGCACCUGCCGCGGAGCAUGGACAACAAAGGCUGAAUCCAGCGCAGCUCCGGGCUGCAGCGAACCGAACCGAACCGAACCGAGCUGCCUGCGGCCCCUUAAAGACAUAGGCUUUUCUUUAAAGCUCUGGUGGACAGGCGCUGUUCACAGGCCGAACAGCGCUUUGUUGUUAUUGUUAUUAUUAUUAUUAUUCUGCCUCAAUAACCGGGCCUAUAUCAUUAUUAUUUUUUCGUUUUUUUUAAUUGACAUUAUUUCUAGUUGGGCAGACCGCGUUCAAUGGUUGUGUAGCAAUCUAAAAUAAACAGAAAUAUGUGGGUCAUUCCCGAAGACGUGUUACUGGCAGGCGCGCUGUGGAUCACCGAGAGAGCCAACCCGUACUUCAUCCUGCAGAGACGGAAGGGCCACGGGGAUGGAGGCGGAGGACUGGCCGGUUUGCUUGUCGGGACUUUGGACGUGGUUCUGGACUCCAGUGCUCGGAUGGCCCCUUACAGGAUCCUCUACCAGACCCCCGACUCUUUAGCGUACUGGAUCAUCGCUCAUGGAACGUCUCGUAAAGAAAUCACGGAGCACUGGGAGUGGCUCGAACACAACCUGCUGCAGACGCUCUCCAUCUUCGAGAACGAGAACGACAUUACCACCUUUGUCAAGGGGAAAGUGCAGGGGAUCAUCGCAGAGUUCAACAAGAAUCAUGACGUCAAAGAAGACGACGACACGGACAAGUUUAAGGAGGCGAGCUCUAAGUUCCGGAAACUGUUCGGGAUGCCAGAGGAGGAGAAGCUGGUCAAUUAUUAUUCCUGCAGCUACUGGAAGGGGAAGGUUCCCCGACAGGGAUGGCUUUACCUCAGCAUCAACCACCUCUGCUUCUAUUCGUAUCUACUGGGAAAAGAAGUCAAACUGGUAGUUCGCUGGGCCGACAUCACCCAGCUGGAGAAGAGCGCCACCCUCCUCCUGCCUGACGGCAUCAAGGUGAGCACCCGCGCCAACCAGCACGUCUUCUCCGUCUUCCUCAACAUCAACGAGACGUUCAAACUGGCCGAGCAGCUGGCCAACAUCGCCAUGCGGCGGCUGCUGGACAACAAAGGCUUCGAGCUGGACCGCUCGCUGCCCAAGCUGAAGAAGAAGUCGCCCAAGAAGGUGUCGGCGCUGAAGAGGGAUCUGGAUGCGAGGGCGAAGAGCGAGCGUUACCGGGCUCUCUUCCGUCUGCCCAAAGAUGAAAAGCUGGACGGGCACACCGACUGCACGCUGUGGACGCCGUUUAACAAGAUGCACAUCCUGGGCCAGAUGUUUGUGUCCACCAACUACAUCUGCUUCACCAGCAAGGAGGAGACGCUGUGCAGCCUCAUCAUCCCCCUGCGGGAGGUGACCAUCGUGGAGAAGGCGGACAGCUCCAACGUGCUUCCCAGCCCGCUCUCCAUCAGCACCAAGAAUCGCAUGACCUUUCUGUUUGCCAACCUGAAGGACCGGGACUUCCUGGUGCAGAGGAUCUCCGACUUUCUGCAGCAAACCACCUCCAAGAUAUACCUGGAAAGGGAGCUGAACAGCAGCCUGAACAGCUCAGAUGAUGAGGUUUACUCCCAUCCUGGCUCCCUGCUCUCCUGCAGCCCACAGCAAAGUCUGGCUUCAGAGGUGGAGCGCACCUUCAACCUGAACGACAACAGCGUUCCCACCGCCUCAGAAGCCCUCAUGACCAUGUACCGGCGCCGCUCGCCCGAGGAGUUUAAUCCCAAGCUGGCUAAGGAGUUCCUGAAGGAGCAGGCGUGGAAGAACCACUUCACGGAGUACGGGGAGGGCGUGUGCAUGUACCGCACGGAGAAGACGAAGGAGCUCGUUCUGAAAGGCAUCCCGGAGAGCAUGAGGGGCGAGCUGUGGCUGCUGUUUUCAGGGGCGAUCAACGAGAUGACCACCCACCCCAGGUACUAUGAAGACCUGGUGGAGAAAUCGAUGGGAAAGUACAACCUGGCCACCGAGGAGAUCGAGCGGGAUCUGCACCGCUCCCUGCCGGAGCAUCCGGCCUUUCAGAACGAGAUGGGCAUCGCCGCGCUGCGCCGGGUCCUGACCGCCUACGCCUUCAGGAAUCCCAACAUCGGAUACUGUCAGGCCAUGAAUAUCGUGACGUCUGUGCUGCUGCUGUAUGCUAAAGAAGAAGAAGCCUUCUGGCUUCUGGUGGCGCUCUGCGAGAGGAUGCUGCCCGACUACUACAACACAAGGGUUGUUGGAGCCCUUGUUGAUCAGGGUGUGUUCGAGGAGCUCGCCCGCGAGUACGUGCCCCAGCUUUACGACUGCAUGCAGGACCUGGGGGUCAUAUCCACCAUUUCGCUCUCCUGGUUUCUCACCCUGUUCCUCUCCGUCAUGCCGUUCGAGAGCGCCGUGGUGGUGGUGGACUGCUUCUUCUACGACGGGAUCAAGGUCAUCUUUCAGUUGGCGCUCUCCGUCCUGCACGCCAACAUCCACCAGCUGCUGGACUGCAAAGACGACGGAGAAGCCAUGACUGUCCUGGGCAGGUACCUGGACAGUGUGACCAACAAGGACAGCACUCUCCCCCCCAUCCCUCACCUUCACUCCCUGCUCACCGAUAACGGAGAGCCACAUCCUGAGGUGGACAUUUUCAAACUGGUCCGCAGCUCCUACGAGAAGUUUGGCUCGAUCCGUGCAGACGUGAUUGAACAGAUGCGUUUCAAACAGAGACUGAGGGUCAUUCAGACAAUUGAAGACACGACCAAACGCAAUGUGGUUCGAACUAUUGUAACGGAGACGGCUUUCACUAUCGACGAGCUGGAGGAGCUUUAUGUGCUUUUCAAGGCCGAGCACCUGACCAGCUGCUACUGGGGCGGCAGCAGCAAUCCCACAGAGCGCCACGACCCCAGCCUGCCCUACCUGGAGCAGUACCGCAUCGACGUGGAGCAGUUUAAGGGCCUGUUCGCCCUGCUGUUCCCCUGGGCCAACGGGGCCCACUCGGACCCGCUCGCGCUGCGCUUCUUCCGUCUGCUCGACGAAAACGGAGACUCUCUCAUCAACUUCCGGGACUUCAUCAGCGGCCUGGGUGUUCUGUGUCACGGCGAUCUGACAGAGAAGCUGAAGCUCCUCUACAAGAUGCACGUGUUACCUGAGAUCACUCACGAGCAAGAGGAGCCCGACUCGGCCUUUGAAGCCACUCAGUACUUCUUUGAAGACAUCACUCCAGAAACGUCCAUCGGUCGUGAUUCAAAAGGCAGAGGCGAUAAGGACGACGGCUUCGUCAGAGUUACGUUCAAGACCGAGAAAGUGAAGAAACUGAGCACUCCGGAUUACCGUCAUUACCUGAAACUGUGGAACGAGGAGACGAAGCCUAAACGAGAAAGCACAAAGGACCUCCCAAAGCUGAACCAGAGCCAGUUCAUCGAGCUCUGUAAGACCCUUUACAGCAUGUUCAGCGAGGAUGUGGCAGAGCAGGACCUCUAUCACGCCACCGCCACCGUCACCAGCCUGCUGCUGGAAAUGGGGGAAGUGGGGAAGCUUUUUACCUCCUGCAGCAGGAAGGAUACCAGCGAGGAGGAGAAGCCUGAGCCCAAGUUGUGCCGCAGAGACUUAUCGGAUCUGAAAUGCGCUCGGGACGCCGCGGAUCUCGGGGACGUGUUCAUCCCCGCGGCUGAGGAGGACAAGUCGAGCCCCUGCGAGGAGGAUAAACGACAGGAAGCGGCUGAGGAGCUGGCGCCCAUGCAGGACAUCAAGCUGGAAGACUCGUCCCCCAAAGAGACGGGGACGUCGUCCGCCAUGCUCAUCUCCGACGACGAAACCAAAGACGACACGUCGAUGUCGUCCUACUCCGUGCUCAGCGCCGGCUCCCACGAGUUGGACGAGAAGCUGCAGUGCGAAGACAUCGCCGACGACACGGUUCUGGUGCGCAGCGACGACGGCAGGCGACCGGAGAGCGAGCGGCGGAGCCAUCCCGGCGACAAGCGGCUGCCCCACAGCACCAGCAUCGACAAGGACUGGGCCAUCACCUUCGAGCAGUUCCUGGCCUCCGUCCUCACCGAGCAGGCCCUGGUGCGCUACUUUGAGAAGCCGGCGGACCUGGCGUCACGCGUCACCAAUGCCAAGAACGUGCGAAAAGUCGGGCGCCCGCUGCUCUCCACAAGUGACUAUGAGAUCUCUCUCUCUGGCUGAAUGACUGAAGUGGUUCUGGAGGAUUUCAGUGACUUUUUUUUUUUUGUUUUUUUAGGAUUAUAGUGGAAAUUGUGUUUAUUUGAAAGAAUGUGACCAAAACUGCGUCUAAUGAUGCAUUUUACCAGGAAUUUAAAACCAAUUAUAUAAACCAACAGAUCCUGUCUUGUCAAGAGAAGACUUCACUCAUGGUUUGCUCAGAUGAAAUCGGUGUGUACAAAUAGCAGCUGUACCUUUUAUAAGACAAUAUGCAUAAGUGGUAAUAAUCUAAUAUAUCUACUACUAGGCUGUGUAGAUCUAAAUGUCCACACGUGUAGUGUUGUUCAAAAAAAGUUCAAAACCACCUCUGUACUUUGCUUUGAAGCGGUUAGAGCUUGUAAACUUUAAACUGCUCUCGCUUGACGGCUUUUCCAGGUUUCUGGAAGUUGAAACGGCAAAAAGAUUUCAGCUCCUUGGAAGCUAAAUAAUCAAGAAAUGAAGGGGUGACUCAAAACUUUUGCACAGCUCUGUACAGUACAGUUCAAACGUCGAUUAUUAAUAUUCUCCAGUGCGUAUCGUCACUUCUCACAUCUGGUCAACCUGUUGCUUCCUUUAGUUGCAAUUCUGAUUGCUGCUAUUUCUUUAUAGAGAUGUAGAAAACAGAGAUCUGAUGGGAAACCAUUUUUUUUUUAAUGUCUUGUCGUGAAAACACUCCGGUUCACUUUAAUGCAGUCCGUCACUUUAGCAGAGAAUUUAUUUUCUUUGUUUUGUAUUGACAAAACAGAAACCAACCUGUACAAUAACUACCUAGAAAAAGAAUACAAUCAACUUCUAGAACAUUUCUGUUUAAGCUGGACAAGAGUUUCUGUCAGUAUUAUUACACUAAAAUACGUCUAAGAGCCCUCGUCGCCUUCAUUUACAAUAUGUUGUGGGCCAUCUCUGCUUGCCUUUUUUUUUUUAUUAUUAUAUUUUUGUCCACCCAUGCAUGAUUUCUUUUUUUUUUUUCUCUGUGCAUUUUUACAUGGAUUUUUAUUGUAUUUUUUCAACUUCUGUAUGUGUGCGUGCGUGUAUAUACAUAUAUAUAAACAUUUGUUUGACCAGAUGUUGCUGCUCUGGAUUCUGGUGCAUUGUGUAUAUCACUCAUCUAAUUAAAAUCAGUGUCAUUAAUUCCCA